AUGGCCAAGGCUCACGUCCUGGUGCUGCCGUUCCCCGCGCAGGGCCACGUCACCCCGCUCAUGGAGCUCUCCCACCGCCUUGUCGACCACGGCUUCGAGGUCACCUUCAUCAACACCGAGGUUGACCACGCGCUGGUGGUCGCUGCGCUGCGCGCGUCGUCCGGCGGCGAGGCGGCGCUGGGCGGCGGCAUCCACCUGGCGUCCGUCCCGGACGGGCUGACCGACGACGAGGACCACAAGGACCUCAACAAGCUCAUCGACGCCGUCACGCGCCACAUGCCGGGCCACCUGGAGCGGCUCAUCGCCGGCUUGGAGGCCGCCGGGCCGCCCAGGGCGAAGUGGCUCGUCGGCGACGCGAACAUGGGGUGGUCCUUCGAGGUCGCCAGGAAGUUUGGCAUCCGCGCCGUGUCCGUCUGGCCUGCGGCCACGGCGGCCUUGGCCUUGAAUCUAAAGAUCCCCAAGCUCAUAGAGGACGGACUCAUCGACGACAAGGGCUUGCUACGGCGGCAGGAGACGUUCGAGCUCGCCCCCGGGAUGCCGCCGCUGCACACGUCGCAGCUGCCGUGGACCAACGCCGGCGCGCCCGAGGGGCAGCGCAUCAUCUUCUUCGACCUGAUCACCCGGAACAACAAGCUCAACGACCUCGCCGAGAUGACGGUGGCCAACUCCUUCCACGAGGCCGAGGCCGGCGCGUCCAAGCUCUUCCCCAACAUCCUGCCCAUCGGCCCGCUGUCCGCCGACCGGAAGCCCGUCGGGAACUUGCUGCCGGAGGACGGGAGGUGCAUCAAGUGGCUCGACGGGCAGCUAGACCGGUCCGUCGUGUACGUGGCCUUCGGCAGCCUUGCCAUCUUCGACGGGCGCCAGUUCCAGGAGCUGGCCGAGGGGCUGGAACUCACCGGCCAGCCAUUCCUGUGGGUAGUUCGCCCGGACUUCACUCCCGGCGGUCUGAGCAAGGCGUGGCUCGACGAUAUCCACCAACGCGUCGCCGGCAGCAGAGGCAUGGUGGUGAGCUGGUGCUCCCAGCAGCAGGUCCUGGCGCACCGUGCGGUAGCAUGCUUCGUGUCGCACUGCUGGUGGAACUCGACCAUGGAGGGUGUGAGGAACGGCGUGCCGUUCCUGUGCUGGCCCUACUUCUGCGACCAGCACCUGAACCGGAGCUACAUCACCAACGUGUGGAGGACCGGCCUGGCGGUGUCCCCCGACGUGGAUGGGAUCGUGACCAAGGAGGAGCUCAGGACCAAGGUGGAGCAGGUCAUUGGCGACGCCGGGAUCAAGAAGAGGGCGCGGCUGUUCGCUGACGUGGCUCGCCGGUGCGUCCGCGAAGGGGGAUCCUCGUACGAGAACUUCAAUAGGCUUGUGAACCUGCUAAGUGAGUGAGGAUCAAGCAUCGAGUUGAGUACCGCGGCGAGCUUGCUCUACGCUGCAAGGAAUCCUUUGAAGAUUCACAUGCAUGAGUUGCCGCCCCUGCCGCAUCGCCGCUACCUCACCACCUCCAACCCCCCUCCACCCCGAACUUGCGGCCGCUCGCGGCCAUCCCUCUAAAACCAUCGUCCAUUGGAACCCACCCCGCAUCGACCUCCGCUCAGCUGUCCUACCGCCGUCGUCGCCGUCCCGCAACCGGUG